GUGGGGCUUGUGUAGGACAACGGGACCGGGCGGGAGCCAGCAUGGCGGCCGAGCGCAAGACUAAGUUGUCCAAGAAUUUGCUGCGCAUGAAGUUUAUGCAAAGGGGACUGGACUCGGAAACCAAGAAACAACUAGAAGAAGAAGAAAAGAAAAUCAUUAGUGAAGAGCACUGGUACUUGGAUUUGCCAGAGCUUAAAGAGAAAGAGAGUUUCAUAAUAGAAGAGCAGAGUUUCUUGUUAUGUGAAGAUCUUCUCUAUGGAAGAAUGUCAUUCAGAGGAUUUAAUCCUGAGGUUGAGAAAUUAAUGGUUCAGAUGAAUGCUAAAAACAAAGCAGAAGAAGUCGAAGAUGAAACGGUGGAGCUGGAUGUGUCAGAUGAAGAAAUGGCUAGAAGAUACGAGACCUUGGUGGGGACAAUUGGAAAAAAGUUUGCCAAAAAAAGAGAUCGUGCCAAUUAUGAGGAAGAUGAAAAUGGAGACAUGAAACCAAUUAAAGUAAAGAAGAUGUUCCUGAAGCCCCAAGAUUAAAAGGGAUGCCUUAAGAUAUGUCUCAGGGAUGCCUUGUGAGAGCUGACAUAUUUUGGGACUCAUUCCAAUGGUUUCUCUAUAGUUAUUAAUAGUAUAAUGUUUAUUUGUAAAGAAAUGUAUAAUUUUGGAAACAUGCUGUUUUCAUAACAGAUGUAUGAUGGAUGUUAUACAUCCUUUGCAUAAUGGUAUUCAUCAAAAGUGGAUUUUUAGCCCUUGAUCUUCAAAUGUACAAAGGUAGAUGGUUGCUUCCUAAAUAUUUUUUGGCCCCAGAUUUUAUUUUAAUAUAUCACUCUUGUCACUGACUUUAAAUUGACUCCUAAAUUAAUACCAGUGUUUAAAUUGUCCUUAUGUUUACAUUUUACUUUAAAUUAUUAAUAAUGUCAAGCCAAUUUAUACAUUUUGGAAUCAAAUAUCAUAAGAAUUUAUUAUAUGUAAAUUCAUCAAGAACAAACAUACCUGCCUCUCUGGCUUAAAGUAUUUGCAUGCUACCAAAUCAGUCAGUUUGUGGAAUUACAGUUUUGAGUUUAACGCUUUUAAUUAAUUUUU